AUAGACGAUCGAUCGGGCUUGUUAAAGCAACGAGAUGCUCUACACCGGCUGCCCCAGCCAGCCCAGCCACCGGCUGAAGAUUGCAAGGAACCAUGCCCAUGGCCUCCCCUCCGCCGCAGAGAGAGAAGCUGCGCGUCCUUCUCAUCCCCUUCUUCGCCACCAGCCACAUCGGCCCCUUCGCGGACCUCGCCUUCCACCUCGCCGCGGCCCGGCCGGGUGUCGUCGAGGCCACCGUCGCCGUCACCCCAGCGAACGUCCCGGUCCUCCGGUCGGCGCUCGCCCGGCGCGGUCCCAGCCGCCACGCCGCCGCGGUCCAGAUCGCGACGUACGCGUUCCCGGCCGUGGACGGCCUCCCACCAGGGGUCGAGAACCACUCCGCCGUCAAGGCUGCGGACGCGUGGCGCAUCGACGCCGUCGGCAGCGACGAGCAGCUAAUGCGGCCGGGGCACGAGGGCCUCGUCAAGGACCUCUCGCCCGACGCGAUCGUCUCCGACAUACUCUUCCACUGGAACACCGACAUCGCCGCCAGUGUCGGCGUGCCGUGCGUCACGCUCCACGCCAUGGGGGCGUUCCCGAUGCUGGCCCUGUCCUGUUUGACAGGUGCCGAGGCCACCGGCGGGGGCGGGGCGGUGGCUCUUCCCGGGUUUCUACCACCGGACGUACGGAUCCCAGUCACCGAGCUGCCUGAGGGGUUGAGGAGCCAGAGUCAAGACGGCGUCCGCGCCAGCCGAGACCAAUUAACUUCAGCGCACAGUAGCUGUUUCGGACUCAUCGUGAACACUUUCUUCGAUCUGGAGGACAGGUAUUGCGAAAUGUACAUGCGGCACAUGAAACACGCCUACUUCGUCGGGCCCUUGUCACUGCCGCCGCCACCGCAGCUGGCCGCCGGCGACGACGGCUCACGGUGCAUCGACUGGCUGGACAGGAAGCCAGCCCAGUCGGUCGUGUACUUGUGCUUCGGCACCUUGUCUCACACAUCUGAGGCUCAGCCCCGCGAGCUCGCCCUCGGGUUAGAAGCCUCCGGGAAGCCGUUCCUGUGGGUGGUCAGGCUGGAGGAAUGGGUGCUGCCGGAGGGGUGGAAGGAGCGCGUCGGGGACAGAGGGAUGGUCGUCACAGGGUGGGCCCCGCAGACGGCGAUCCUUGCACACCCGGCGGUGGGGGCGUUCGUGACGCACUGCGGGUGGAACUCGGUCCAGGAGACCGUCGUGGCCGGCAUGCCGGUGCUGACGUGGCCGAAGGUGUUCGAGCAGUUCAUCACUGAGAGGUUCGUGACGGAGGUGCUCAAGAUUGGCGAACGCCUGUGGCCGGAGGGUGCCGGGGUGAGGAGCACGAGGUACGAAGAGCACGAGCUGGUCCCGAGCGAGGCAGUGGCACGAGCGGUGGCCAAGUUCAUGGAGCCCGGAGGGGCAGGGGACGCCGCGAGGAGCAGGGCCAAGGAGCUCUCCGCAAAGGCUCAUGCGGCCAUGGCGGAAGGUGGGUCCUCGCACGGCGACCUGCGACGCCUGAUUGAUGAUCUCAUCAAAGAAAAAUCGGCUGGUGCAGGGACGACGGUCUGAUACUCUGGUUUGAGCUCAUGAAGCUUGUCUUUUUUUUUCCUUUAAGAAUAAGAGUGUCUCAUUUAUUUCUCUGUUUUCGGUUUGGAUUUUCCACUGUUUGGUUAGCAAGCUCCGGUGUUAGUAAUCCUGUGCACGCCUGUAGUUAGAACUGCAUUGCAUGUUUUGUUCCAGUAACAUGCUCGCGAGCUCCGGUUUGUGGACGCCGCGCGCGUGGAGCGUGAGGAUGGACGUUAUCCCGCGACGUGCGCGCCUUGAUCGGCUGCUCUGUUUUCCGUUUCAACAAGAAGAGAAAAAAGAACA